AAAAGAGAAUAUAUAUUGUAUAUGAGAGACACAGUGAGGACAUUGAGAGUUGGUUAUCCACCAAGAAGAGAGGGGGAAAAAGGUGAGCUUGGAUGCUGGAAAGGCGGCCAUGUUGUCUAUCCCGAUGAGAAGAGAACUCUGAGGUGCGCGCGACGAGGUUUCGCUUCUUCCUUCUUAAAAAUAUACAAAAUAAAUAUUUUUAACAAGAAAAACGUUUUUUUUUAUAUAUAUAUUUAUUAAUUUUUUAUAUAAUAAUUGUUUUUUUUUAAUUAUUAUUUUAUAUAUUUUAGAUUUUUUAAUUUAAAAAGUGUUUUGGUUUUUUUUUAUCACAAAUAUUUAUACAUUUGUUGAAGAUUAUUUUUCAAAAUUCGGAGUGGAAAUUUUUUAACACAUUUUAAAUGUCUAUUAUUGGUUGAGUAAUUACUUUUUUUAAUUUCUAAUUUGUCAUAUUGUUUAUGAUUAUUGUGGUAUAUCGUGUAAGUGAUUGAAAAAAAAAAAAAACUUGCCUUGUGUUUAUUUUAAAAAAAAUUAUAAACAUUUGUGAAUUUGUGAAUGAAAAAAUAUAAUUUAAAUGAUAAAUUGCGCUAUUUUAUUGGUCAAAAUAAAUAAUAAAUAAUAAACAAUAUUUGUUUAUUUAUUUUUUGACGUUUACUCAUUUGACGAAAAAAAAAAAAAACAGUGAACAGUGGCAAAUAAAUAUUAAGGGUGAUUAAUAAUUGGUGACAAUAAUCGCUGAAAUGUGAGCCGGAAAUAAAUAUUAAUUUACGGUAGUUUGUAGUUUUUUUUUUUUUUUUUUUUUACCUUAAUUUUUCAUAAUAAAUAAUUAUUUACUCCAAAAGAGCGAAGAAAAAAAAAUAAAGCUAUUAACUUGCACACUUUUAUAAUAAUUUUUUAAACUUUUUAAAAAACAUAAAAAUUUCCAUACAUAAAUAAAUUAAAAAGUUGCAUGUUAAAAAGUGUUGAUUAAAUAAUAUAUAUAUUUUAUAUUUUUGGCAAAAUGAUGCCGUUGCGCGACGCUCACCAAUCGAAGACACCAAAUGUGCCAACAAGCACCACAUAAAAGACUCAAACUUUUUGAUGCCUCUCAAAUGUGCCAUAACAUCAGCAAGCUGUGAUAAAAAUUUUUACAAUUAAUUUUUAAUGAUAAUAAUAAUAAUAAUAAUAAUAAUUGACUCAAGACUUUGUGGCAUUUGAAGAAAUUUAAUUGAAUAAUCAAUAAAACAAUUGUUUAUUAUUAAUAAAUAAAUAACAAAACAAAGAUGUCAAUUUGCACAGAGGAUAACGAUUCAACAGCAAUUCACAUGCAGGAGGCCAUGUCACCGGUGCAAGAGGGGCCAAUAUCACCGGCUUCCUCGUGUAUGAGCAGUCAUAAUCAAAAUGAUAAUGAGCAAGUAUUGCUUGCAACAAUGCAACCAGUAAGUGUCAUUGAUUUACAAGAAGAACAUGCAUUACAUCAAAAAUAUAAUAAUCAUCAUCAUCAUCAGCAGCAGCAGCACAAUCAUCAUCAACAACAACAUACCAAUCGUAUUCAUCAUCAUCAUCAACAACAACAACAACACAAUAAUCAUCAUCAAGAUGAUGAACAACAACAGCACCAUCAUCAACAACACCAUCAUCAUCAUCACCAACAACAACAACAACAACAACAUCAUCAUCACGAUCAUGAUGAUCAUGAUGAUCGUGUUAGUCCAGAUAGUAGUCCAUCACAAAAUCACAUGGGACACAAAAUGAUUGAUUUAAUAUAUAAUGAUGGACAAAAAACUGUCAUGUAUACACAUGAUAAAGAAAUAAUAUAUGAAAGUGAAGCUGAUAGAGUACAAGUUGUUGAAUAUCCACCACCACCACCAUCACCAUCACCACCAUCAACACCACAAGAUGAUAAUACAACACAAAAUAAUAUGAUUAUAACAAACCGUAAUCAUCAACAGACAACAUCACCAACAACUAUACAUCUUCAUCACUAUCCACAACUUCAACUGCAACAUGAUGAUGAUAUACCACGUUCAGUUGCUGUUCAAGGUGUUACAUCUGUACCAGUUAAUACAACAACUACUGUUCUUGUAUUGUCAGAACUCGUUGCUGCUGAUCAAGCUACUGGUACUGCUCUUGGUUUAACUACUGGACCAUCUGGUUCACUUCGUGUUGGAAGACGUAGUAGAUCAUCAUCUGACUGUGAAACUGGUGUUGGUGAACAAAAUUACGUAACAAGUGGACAAGAAGUUGUUACUGACGAAGACGAUAAUAAUCAACAACAACAACAACAACAGCAUAAUAUAGAGGAAGAUAGUGAGGAGGCACAAAAAAGGGUACAGGCCGUGCAGGUGCAGGUCCAGGGUAUGGAGGGUGAUUGGCGUGGAUAUCUUGACCAUCCAUUGUCGGUUGCAACUGCGGCAAUGUUAAAUUUACAACAACAACAUCAAGUAUCUGGAGUUGUAGGUCAUCCUGAUGAUCAAUCAGCUCCAUAUGUUUAUGAAUAUUAUAAAUUACCAGAUAAAACAAGUGAUGUUAAAUUACCAUCACAUGAACUUUGGUCAACUGGAGUGAUGGGACAAAAGCUUCUUGUACAGGAAAAUUCAUCAAAUCGAAUUAUUGAAAAUAACAAUGGUGGUGAUGGAGGAAAUGGUGGUGAACUUCAUCAUUUAUUUCAUCAAUAUAAUCAACAACAAUCACCCAGUCCAAAUCAAAAUAUACAAAGUGGUAAUGGUGGUGGUGGUGGUAGUCUUCCGCUUCCUUUGAGUCCACAAUCAUUACGUCAUGAUGGUAGUACAUCAUCAAGUGGUAUAACUGGUGUUAAAAGAGAACCGGAAGAUUUGAGCUCAUCCCGUGGUGGUGGUGGACAACAAACAAAUAAACGACUUAAACAGGAUCAACCGGAUAGUCCAACACCACCAGGAAUGUAUCAUCAUCAUCAACAGCAUCAAUUGCAGAUACAACAGUAUGGUAGUCCUUAUGAUCCAUAUUCAUCAUGUAGUCCAAGAUUACAAUCAAGUGCAUAUGGUACAUCAACAUCAACAAAUGGAAAUAGCAAUAAUAACAAUAACAAUAAUAAUAAUAAUAAUCAAAGUGGUGGUGGUGGUGGUUUACAUCAAGAAACAACAGUUUAUGUUACAAAUAAUGGUGAUCAAUUACCGACACUUGCAUCAUCAAGUUCAUCAUCAUUACCAACAACAACAACAUCAUAUACAAGAUAUGAAGUUGUACCAAGUUCAUACACAACAACACAUGCAAUAAGAUCAUCAUCAAGUAGUAGUAAAGUACUGACUGUUGAUUUACCAAGUCCUGAUUCUGGUAUUGGUGCUGAUGCUGUUACACCAAGACAAGAUCAUCAUCCACCAAGCACACUUCAUCAAUCAUCAUUUGAUUAUACGGAACUUUGUCCUGGUGGUACAACAAAUAGUACAUCAGUUGUACUUGAAAGUGGUGCUGUUAUCCAUCAUCAACCAUUGCAAUUACAAUUACAACAAAAUCAUUCACAGCCACAAAUACAACGUGGUUUGGUAACACCAAAUCCAAGUACAACACCAAAUCCACCAAGAUCACGUCCAUGGCAUGAUUUUGGUAGACAAAAUGAUGCUGAUAAAAUACAAAUACCAAAAACUUAUUCAGCGUAUGGUUUCAAGUAUCAUUUGGAAUCACCAAUAAGUACAUCACAAAGACGUGAAGAUGACAGAAUAACAUAUAUUAAUAAGGGACAAUUUUAUGGUAUAACAUUGGACUAUGUACCAGAUCCUGAUAAGCCACUUCUCAAAACUGGUCAAACUGUUAAGAGUGUCGUUAUGUUAAUGUUUCGAGAAGAAAAAAGUCCAGAGGAUGAAAUUAAAGCGUGGCAAUUUUGGCAUGGCAGACAACAUUCGGUUAAACAAAGAAUUCUUGAUGCUGAUACAAAAAAUAGUGUUGGACUUACUGGAUGUAUUGACGAAAUAGCACACAAUGCAAUUGCUAUUUAUUGGAAUCCUCUCGAGUCUUCAGCAAAGAUAAAUGUUGCUGUACAAUGUCUGAGUACAGAUUUUUCAAGUCAAAAAGGUGUCAAGGGUUUACCAUUGCAUAUUCAAGUUGAUACUUAUGAAGAACCACCACAACAUGCACACAAUUAUACACCACCCUCACAUCGUGGUUAUUGUCAAAUUAAAGUUUUUUGUGAUAAGGGUGCUGAGAGAAAAACACGUGAUGAAGAAAGAAGAGCAGCAAAAAGAAAAAUGACAGCAACUGGUAGAAAAAAAUUGGAUGAACUUUAUCAUUCAGUUACUGAAAGAAGUGAAUUUUAUUGUAUGGCUGAUCUUCAUAAACCACCAGUACUAUUUACACCACCAGCUGAACAUUCAAUUGACAAGUUUUCAACAAUGGAAUUGUCAGGAUUUUAUGGAGGUGGUGGUGGUAGUGGUGGAGGAGGAGGUAGUGCAGGUGGAGGUGGUGGUGAUACUGAUACAUCAUCACUUAGUAAUGGUGAAAGUGGUGGUAUUAAAACUGGAUCAAGUAGUCCAUAUCCAAAUUGUGGUAGACCAAGUUUACCAGCAUUAAAAUUUCAUAAUCAUUUUCCACAAGAUAAUAUAAAUUCUUUGCAUGAUAAAAAAGAUUCAUUAUUAAUGCAAGUUGAAUUACAAGGUAGUGUACUACAAAAUGUACCAUCACAAAAUACAAUAUCAACAACAAAUACACUUGUACAAGGUGUUGGUAAUCGUUUACGUUUACAACAUCAACAACAAUCAUCACAUUUACAUGUUACUGAUGCUGAAGAACGUGUUAUGUUAUAUGUCAGACAAGAAUCAGAGGAUGUUUAUACACCACUUCAUGUUACACCACCAAGUGUACAAGGAUUGAUCAAUGCUAUUGAGUCAAAGUACAAAAUUACAUCCUCGACAAUUAAUAAUCUAUAUCGCAAAAACACAAAGGGAAUUACGGCGAAAAUUGAUGAUGAUAUGGUACGUUGGUAUGUUGAUGAAGAUUUUUUUCUUCUCGAAGUAAGCCAUACACCUAACAACGAUCACAAUGAUAGAAAUCACAGUAAUCCAGGCUCACCAGAUGACUCAGGUGAUCCAAAUAAAAUACAACUAGAUGUAACACUCAUUGAAUUACAAUUACCAUCACCAUCAUCGCCAAUAACAACAAAUUCACAUAAUCUUGGACAUCCACAUUCACAACACAUUCAUGAAGUUCCAAAUACGUGAAUUUAAUAUUAUCAAUCAUCAAUAAUAUUAUCAUUAUAUUUAUCAUUAUUUUUAUUAUUAAAAAACAACAUUGUAAAUAAGACAAGGAAAAGUCCAUCUGAUGGUGGUGGCAAUAAAAAGAGUAUAGGGGGUGCGUAUGGUUAUUUUUAUUAAUUAUAAAUAAAUUCAUUAGAAGCUGCUAUUAGCUAAGCAAAUAUAUAUUAAAGAAAAGAGAAAAAAAAAACAAUCAAAGAUAUUAUACAACUUUGUUUACUGUUAAAUAUUGUAAGUCAUAAUUAAUUGGAUAUUUUUUUUGAUUUUUAUUAUUUUAUAUAUUCUUUUUUAUUAGACAAAAAAAAGCUAAAAAGAAAAAAAAAAAAUACAACAAAUUGAUAUAUAUUAUACCUAUAUAUAAUGAUAAUAAUAAUCGUAGGUUAUUGAUUAAAUAUAAAUUGCUCAUUUUUACAAUUAUCAUUGAUUAGAAAGACACUAAUGAUACUGAAUCAAAUAUAAUUUAAAGAAAAAACAACAAUAAUAAUUUGUGUGCCGUUUUAGAUUUACAUAAAAAUCUAAAGUUAAUAUUUUUUUAAAAUUCUUGAUAUGUUAUCAAGAAAAUAAUAAUAAUAACAAUGUUUAUUAUUAUGGGUUAAUUAAUCAAAAUUGAUUAAGGUUUACGAGACAUAAAUUUU